CGUAGACAAACACCUCAAUGCUAACAGCAAAAUAAUUAUAUUUCAAUACAUAUAUACAUACAUAAUAAGCAACCAUGGGGAAGAGUAUUCUGUUCGUAUUGACGUCUAAUGACAAACUCGGAGAUACUGGGAAGAAGACUGGUUCCUGGUUGGAGGAAUUUGCCGCUCCAUAUGAAUUGUUGACGGAAGCUGGGCAUUCAGUCACCUUCUGCACUCCCUCUGGUGAAGCUGCACCAGUUGACGAAGGCUCCAAAGCCGAAAACUUCCUCACCAAACUCACUGCCGUAUGGGAUGAGGAUGAGGAGGGACAGAAAAAAUUCAAUUCGCCUAAGAAGCUGAGUGACGUAUCUGUCAGUGACUAUGACGCGGUGUUCUACCCUGGAGGACACGGACCUGUGUGGGAUCUUGCGGAUGAUAAGACCUCCAUUGCGCUGAUCGAAGCGUUUGCCCAGGCCGACAAAGUGGUUGCAUCCGUGUGUCAUGGUCCGGUAGUGUUUGUGAACACCUCAGUAAUCCAAGGCAAGAACGUGACGGGGUUCAGCAACACCGAAGAGGAAGCUGUCGGUCUAACAAAGGUCAUGCCCUACCUACUCGAGGAUAAAUUGAAGGCAAACGGAGGUAACUACAGCAAAGGAGACGAUUGGGGCUCGCACGUGGUUGUAGAUGGCAAGCUGAUCACCGGACAGAACCCUGGAUCAUCCGAGGAAGUUGCGAAGGCCAUAAUGAAACUGCUAUAAAUAAAAUACUGAGACGAGUUAUGGUUUAUAUUCGAAGGGGAGGGUUAUAAGUUUCUGAACAUAAGAAGCUAAACCUUAAAACAAAUUAAAUCGUAAUGCGGAGUAUCUAUUAAAACAACAAUCACGUACAUCAAUGCUAGAGAAGACUGUAGGAAAAAAGAUUUAAAUGGAAGAGAACUAAACGUAACAACAAAAUUUAAAAUGGACGCAGCAGGAGAUCUAUAGGCGAAGCUUGAUCCUUUCACUCAAUCAGUGCUGACGUAGCUCAGCACAAUAUACAGUAGAUAGAUACAUACCAUUAUUUUAUAGAUUUUGUGAAAAUAAAAGUUUGCUUGUGACAAGUACUUGCGAAAGAUUUUUAAACACUAUAUUAGAAGUGGGCUAAGAGAUAUAAAGUCUAUAUCCUCAUAGCAGACCCUUGAGCAAAGAUUAUCUUCCUCAUAAAUACAUGGUACAUAUCAAUACAUAAAGUAUAUUCAUAUUCACAUAUGUAUCGUAUCCGCGAUAUGGUUAGUGAUCGCUGGUGAAUAUAAUUAUUAACUGAUAUCCACGGCCUUUUCGAAGUUGUCGCUGGAUGAAAACUUGAUUCUCCUGUUUAAUUUAGAAGGCGAUGCCCCAAGACGAAAAUCAUUUAUAAGAGACAACAUUAGAGGGCCAUAUGAUAUCUCCCCCAAAGUCUCCUGAGGAGAAACGGAG